CUGAACAGGGCACAGUAAGAAGGGAGAAUCGGACGAGUUACUAUUGUAACUCAGCGAGUUGGGAUAUUCAUUCAAGUUUCAACUUUCAACAACUUGACUUCAUCGCCAGCCAUUUACAAAUCUCUUCACUCUUCCCUAUCCUUGAGCUCAGGGAUCACAGACUCAGGGAGAGAGAGAGAGAGAGAGAGAGAGAGAGAGAGAGAGAGAGAGAGAUUAUGUCUCUGAAGGGUUCAAGCUCCGAAAAGAAUUUGAUGCUGCCCAUAUCCGAUCCUCCCAGGGACGAAGAGAGGGAAAGACUCGUCCGAGGCGAUGAGAAACUCUUUAGAGGAUCAUCCAUGACCAGACGUGGAGCUUACGCUGCUAUCUCUUACAUGUCUUGCGCAGUGCUAUUGGUUAUAUUCAACAAAGCAGCUCUUUCUUCGUAUAGCUUCCCCUGUGCAAAUGUCAUAACUCUCUUUCAGAUGAUAUGUUCAUGUUGUUUUCUCUAUGCUUUAAGACGCUGGAGAUUAAUUUCAUUCACGGUCGGUGAAUCCUUGACAGCUCCUGAUAAUGGGAUGACUCUUGUGCCAUUAAAGACCGUGAGGCAUACCCUUCCUCUUUCAGGAGCCUAUUUGCUUUACAUGCUAGCCACCAUGGAGUCCGUGCGUGGAGUAAAUGUUCCCAUGUAUACCACCCUCAGGCGCACAACAGUGGUAUUUACUAUGAUAAUGGAGUAUGUUUUGGCAGGGCAACGAUACACAUCUCCUAUUGUUGGAAGUGUUGGAUUGAUCGUUCUUGGUGCAUUUAUUGCUGGAGCUCGGGACUUAUCAUUUGAUGCCUAUGGCUAUUCUAUUGUUUUCUUAUCAAACAUCACAACUGCAAUAUAUCUUGCAACCAUAGCUCGUAUUGGAAAAUCCAGUGGACUUAACAGCUUUGGCCUGAUGUGGUGCAAUGGAAUUGUAUGUGGACCAAUUUUGCUGCUGUGGACAUUUAUUCAGGGUGAUCUGAAGAUGACUGUCAAUUUUCCUUUUCUGCUCUCGCCUGGUUUUAUGGGUGUAUUGUUUUGUUCUUGCAUACUUGCUUUCUUCUUGAACUACAGUAUAUUUCUUAAUACAACGCUCAAUUCAGCACUCACGCAGACAAUUUGUGGUAAUUUGAAGGAUUUGUUUACCAUUGGUCUUGGCUGGAUGAUUUUUGGUGGACUUCCAUUUGAUCUUUUUAACGUUAUUGGUCAAUUCCUCGGCUUUUUUGGAUCCGGACUGUAUGCAUACUAUAAGCUCAUAGGGAAGUAACUUGCCUAGCUCAUCUGACUCUUCCCGUUAGAGACGACCAGUUUUGGCCAUUGUUUAUAUUAUCCGCACACCUUAUCUAGGCGGCUACUGGGGUCCGGAAAGUUGUACAUGAUGCUUUAAGAAAUCUUAUUUAUGGCGAAUCAGAAGUUCUUGAUCUUGCUUCUCGGCGACGACUUUACUAUAGAGGAAUGGAAAUUGGUUUCUAAUCUAAUUUGUUGUAGUAGUGUAUGAAGAGGUGCCGCAUGAUUGGCUUCCUGCUCGUAGGCAUACACUUGAUUUUCGAGUAGAUAUCCAUUUGGAUUGGCAGGACCGCCUUGCAUCCUUGAGCCAUCUUGAAGGUUGUUUCUUCAAUGGUCGAGUGAGGAGUUGUCCUAUAUCCCACAACUCAGCUCAUUUGCGCUUCUCGAGCUUGGUUUUAAGGCUUUUAUUUUUUCUUUCGAGAUUUUGUUGAGUACCUCGACUUACCUGUUGGCUUGGGGAUGCACUACUAAACUCAUUUUGAUUACUCCUUCAUUGUAGUAGGCCUGGAGUUGUGAGAACUCUAGGAUAUUGUUGUGGAUAUUAACAACGCAAGUGCAAGAUAGCGCUGGUCCCAUAGAUAGUUUAUCACCAAAA